CCAGACUGUGAAGAACAGUACCUUGUGCAGCAUCCUUGUCUCGCCACUCCUGUCUCCUCCUCCAAAUAGACAGUCGCCUGACUCUAGCGAAGUCCCUAGAUUGACCACACCGCUCGUCCACCAUGUCCUUGACAUUUGUCAUGAUGUUGAUGCUUCUGGGUUCUGCAGUGGUGAAUGCAUUUGUCUUGCAUCCGUCCAAGGAAGAGCCUGCAGCUAAUUCUGCUUUUCCUCGUCAAAGGUGCCCGGAUGAGUCCCUGCGGGCAAUAAGGAAGAGUCUCCUUGGAGAACUCAACCUGCAGUCUGAGCCACAGCUGCCGGCUGGUGUGGUGGACAGCAUCCGAAAACAGUGGCAGAGAACUUUCAGCACCGUUUCUCUAAGUGCCAAAGACACUGCAGGAGCCUCUGACGUCUCAGAAUCACAUGACGGUGGAAACAGCACAGGCCUCCAGUGCUGCUCCAUGGCCUCUGAGAUCUUCAUGAAAGACUUGGGCUGGGACACCUGGAUGAUCCAUCCUGUGAGCCUGACCAUUGUUCAGUGUGCCGCGUGCAACCCUGUGGACAACAGCGUGCAGUGUCCUUCAUCCUCCUCCUCCAGCAUCCAGGCCGAUUUGCCAUGCUGUCAGCCCGCUUCCCAGAAGAUGGUAUCCAUCGCCUACAUGGAUGAAACCGGCGCCAUUAACCUUUCCUCGGUGCAGCUGACCCGCAGCUGCGGCUGUGAACCUGGGAACGCCCAGCAGCAGAGCAGAAAAUAGGCUGAGGUUUGUCCUUCGGUCCUCACCUGCGUGCAUCGAGCCACGUCCUGUAUUCAGAUUGUCUUCCUGUCCAGGUCUGCUGACUCCCACCUCUCCUGCUGACUGUUUAUAUCUGACGAUGUUCCUCAGAACGUUCAGAGCUUAGCGUGGGAGCCAAAGCAAAGUCUCAGUUUUGCAUUCCUGCUGCACCCUUGUAGCAAUAACAGUUUUGUUGUGCCCGCCACUCGUGGAAAUGAAAUGUUCUACAUUUACGGCCUAAAUCAAUUUGCUAUUUAAAAUAAAAUCUACAUUAACAUCAGAAAAUGCUUUUUCUUAUUUUAGAUAAAUUUAACAUUUCUGGCACCAAGUGAAGGGAACUUAUCGGGGUUCGGUUUACGUUUGGGUGAUACAUCUCAUUUAUUUAUAGCUGCUAAGUUACUGAGUGUUCUCUCUAAAAGCCUGAGAGCGACCGGAGCCAAAUACUCGACAAGCCAGCUGUCUCCGGCCUGAUGUACGCUUCCACCACGUCCUCUUAUGGGAACAAAUUCCUUUUUAUCUCAGCAGGCAAACUAAGGUCAGCAAAGUCAGGCUGUAAAUUCUUUAAAUGCUUCCUGAUUUUGAAACUUCCCCGAAAAAAAAAACAUCCCAGAAUUAGUGAGGAGCAGCCAGAAGCUUUGCAGCCUUGGCCUCAGUGGCCUUUAUUUAAACAUUAACACAUAAAGAUAUUUUUGCCUUAAAAUGAUGAAUAAAAUAAAAACAUUAUGAGUCAGAUGCUGAUGUGUUUUAAAAACAAACUCCAGUGAUUCAGCACAAGUACAUGUAAUACUACACCCUCUGUAGCCAGCUCAGGACUUGUUGAAAUCUGAAGCAGCCUCGGCCGCCUUCAGAGGUUCUGGGAUGUCAGGAACGUUUACUAGAACACAGCCUGCAGUUUGGACUCGGUGCCGGUUUCUUUUGGCUACCAGCGACAUCCAGUUUGUGCCGUGGUGCUGGUUCCAGCUGAGCUUUGAGGUGUGUCCAGCAAAAUGCCGUCAUUAAAUGUUUAAUAAUUUACCUUAAAGAAAGAUCACCUUGAUUAAAAGUCUGAGUGAAAUGAUUAAAAACAUGUUCUUGGUCCAGAUCAAAAGUUAUUAUUUAAGCAUAAAAGCAUUUUUAGUCUCUCUUUGGUUCCUUUAUCUAAUCUGCUGCUUGAACACAAAACUUUGACUUUGUUUGCUAAAUAAUUAUUUGUCUUGUUUGUUUUUUAAUUUAGAACAAAUGUUUGUUUGUGGGGAAAGUUCUCAUUAGUAAUUUUUAAUGCAUUAGAGUCUUUUUGUGUGUACUAUUCAAGUUUUUACUAUGUUACCUCCAAAUUGAAGUAUUAACGUGUUUUUCUCAUGUGUACUAGUACUCAGCUGAAUCAGUAGAUUUAACUCUUUUAUCAUCAUAAUCAUUUGUACCAAAUCUGUGAUUUUACUUUUUGUUCUCAUAAAUAAAAAUGCAUGAAAUAAAAUGAUGUUUUUAUUGAACAAAACUUUUUAGUUUAGAUCUUAUUUUGAAAGGUUGAAACGUGUUCCUUAAGUCAGCCAGUUUUCAUUUGCUGCCAGAGCAGCAGAGCUGGUGAUGUUCAGCCAAGAGGGAGGGGGCUAGAUGAAGGAAUGUUCUCCACAUGACCAGGUGCCUCUGAGGGGACGAGCAACACGCUGGAUGCUUCAGAUCAGCUCUUGAUGUUUCCACCGGUGCUCGGAUUCUGCUGUUUAACUCAUCAUCCUCACAACGUUUAAAGAUCUGGGUCUGUCACUGAGUUUUACCAAAAGAUAUAUUCUUUUAGUUUUUGUCCACCGUUACUGGGCAGAAUGUCAGGAUGCUUCAGCGUAUGGGUGUGUGUCGUCCUCCUGUCCCCACUUCUGACAGCUGAAGGGACAAUUGAAUGCUUGGAGAAAGAAACACCUUUGGAGCUGAACACCAUGGAGAAACCCACGGACUGUUUGGUAGAGUGCAGCUCAAUGACUUACAUCAAAAAAAUCCAGCUUCAGGACAACCACAACAUUCAGAUUAGAGACUCUAGAGAAGGAGAGCCUGGAGAAUACUGCUGGUCCACUGAGUUCAAGUGUAAGAUUGGAGAGAGGUUUCUGAAUGCAUACGUGGUGCUGCCUGUGGAUGUAUCUGCGCUGGGAAACCAACCACUGGAAGUUAAAACCACAGGGUCGGCCACCACAACGCUGCACGUUCACAACAGCCCCACAACCAUCGCAGAGAGCUGCGGCCUCCUUUACAAAGUCACACAGUUUAUCAGCUCGCCCAACACGGAGACCUCGUUAUUCUGCGUUCAAGUUGUCAUCCAAGGAAACGAGCCGGGAGACAGAGUCCUCACAUGUCCUCCAUAUCUGGUCACUUUCUGGCAGAGAAGUCCAACCUAAUCCAGCCAGCAUGGAGGUGGAUAAAGUGCUCAGAUUAUAGCAGCCUUAAUGCUACAGUAAAAGUUCUCAUUGGAUUAUGUAAAUAUUUAAUCAGAAUAUUAAUGCCUUUUGUAGUCGGUGGUGUGUGUGUGUGUGUGCGUGUGUGCGUGCGUGCGUGUGUGUGUGUGUGUGUGUGUGUGUGUGUGUGUGUGUGUGUGUGUGUGUGUGUGUGUGUGUGUGUGUGUGAUAAAACCAAAACAAAAUGGUUUUACUAAAACGUUUUCUUAUAUGUUUUAUUGUUUUUAGGAGAUUUUCAUAUUUCAUAAUAUUAAGAACCCAAAGGUGAUUAUUUCUUCACUAGACAUGGAGUAAACACACACACACACACACACACACACACACACACCACACACACACACACACACACACACACACACACACUUAUGGUUUGUUCUUUUUGCAGUUAUUCAGAGAUGAUGUUGAACCAGAGAAGUUAGGAUGAUGUCAUUCACUUGCAGAUGGAUUUAUUCAUAUUGCUCUUGUUUAGAUGAAUUAAACAGAUGAUAAAUGUGCUUUCACCCUUCACCAACAUCAAGUUAAGUGCUACAGUUAUUAUUCAUCUGCUGCUUUGAUGGAACUCUUUAUGGGUUUCUGCAUUAACUGAUAAAUUAACAUUUAUUAAAUUCUUUAAGGACUCAAGUGAAGUGUUUUUGUGAUUGUAGAAACAUUGUAAUUGUUUAUUUUUUCUGGUAAAUAACUUUUUUUGUAUAAAUAAUCUAAAAUCAGAGUACAUGAAUAUCUGUGGUAAAUAAACUGUACUUUAUGUGACUUCAGCCAUUUGUUUUUUGUGUUUGAGAGUCUUUAACUUUGUUUAUACUAAGAUGUAAACAGAGAUUUUACUCUUCAUUGUCUAAUCUGUUCAAAUGUUUGGUAAAAAGUUAUCAUAACCAAAUCUGUCCAUCAGGAAACCAGCUGGCAAGAUGAUUAAUAACUAAAAUAGCUGUACCUGUUUUAUUUUUCUAUGAUUGACUACUAUGAAUGACUUCUGCAACUUCGAUCCAUAAAUAACAACUUGGUUUUUGAGUGUCAUUUACAUGUGAGCGUCACUUCGUCUACUUCGUUUAUUUAUUUUGUUGGCUGGAUGUUCAAAUCGUUUGCUUUUCAACAUUAGAAACAAAAGAGCGCCCUCUUCUGGACGUUGUAUAAACUAAUGACAUUAACCACUGAGGGUUAAUGCAUUUUGUGCAUCAUGUAAGGUGAACUAAGAAUAUAUUCUGUUAAACUGAAACUAAUUAUAAUAACAGUAAUAAACAAGGUCCUGUUCUAAACA